AUGUUUGUUGGUGACAGCUUGCCAAGCCACUUAAUGAUGGGACUCCACCGCGACCCAACACUCUUCCCAAACAUGACGCUGUUUUGGGCUGAGAUUCGCAAACGACUAUGGUUGACUGUUAUUGAGAUUGAGCUUCAGGUGUCGCUUCAGUCAGGCAUUCCUUUGGCGCUCUCGUGGGAAGACUUUGACUGUCCGCCGCCUAUCAAUAUCGAAGAUGAUGACUUUUCACUCAAUUCUACCUCCAUGGCUCCAGAACGAGACAUUUUCACUCCGACAAAGACCACUUUUCAGAUUGUCUUAGCCCGGAGUCUUCGAGUAAGAAUGGAAAUUACCAAAUUGAUCAACCGUGCCCGGCUGAACGUGGACCCAAAUACAAUCAUGAGUCUCAGUGAUUCUCUGAUGAGCAGCUUGAACGAAGCCCCAGCGCAGCUACGCGACGAUUUCGGUUCGGGAGACGCGAAAAACAACGCAUUCCAAAGAUCGUUUCAUCUUUUCCUCAUAUGGCGCUCCAUGCUAGCUCUUCAUCGGCUCGUCUUUCUAAAACAGGUCGAUGUGGGAAACGAAGUUUACUCUGUCUCACGAAUGUACUGUGUCCAGGCCAGCGUGGCCUUGUUGGCGCAAUUGGAAUUUGUUUCGCAAAUCCCUGCCAAUGUGUCACCUCACCCGGCUGAUAUUGCUCUGCCACAUGUACUGCACCUGAAGGGUGGGCUUAUUCAGGAUGACAUCUUUCAUGCUGCGAUUACUAUCUGCUUAGAGCUCCGUCUCGAGCUCACAGAGAGCAAAUCGCCGCUUGUCACGGGCACAAUCUCAAAUCUCGUCAGUCAAAGUGCCCAAUAUCAUCGCAAAGCGUUGUUCCAAAGUAUUGAACAUGCUUUGGAGCACUUUGAGAACAUGGUCCGAUGGGAGGCUCGCGCAUGCAAAUUCUUCACCUCUCUAUGCAUACUGCACAUGACUUUAGAGAGCCAAUCCGUCACAGGGUCUACACCGACAACCGAUGGAAGCGAAUCAUCAACACAUCAGCCUUUGACUAUAGACGAGGCCUGCCCAAUGGCGUCCCGUCGCUGCUUAGAGUUAUUAAAGGGCCCCAAACAUGGCCAUCGGAGCACGGAUCAAGAUGGAGAUUUCGACACAGAGUCCUUAAAUCCUGUCUUUGACGGUCUACUCUCAGCCAAUGCUCCGUUGCAUAGUGAAUUUUUAGAUGAUAUGCCAAACAUGGAGAUGAGUGACCUGCUUGGUAUUACUUUAGAAGAUCUGGAUUUUGAUUGGACUAUGUUACCAGAACUUUAG